AUGUUCAAAUUCGUCGUUGUCAUAUUCGCUGUCGUUGCCUGUGUUGCUGCUAAGCCUGGUCUGCUUAGUGCUCCAUUAGCUUACACUGCACCCGCUGCUGUUGUAGCUGCUCCAGCACCUUAUGUCACAGCCACAAGUAGUCAAUAUGUUGCCAGAAACUUUAAUGGAAUCGCUGCUGCACCAAUUGUUGCUGCUGCUCCAGUUGCUGCUCCAAUUGUGAAAACUGUUGCACCUGUAGCUGCUCCUUUAGCCGCUGCUGCACCUCUGGCUGCUGCUGCUCCAUUGGCUUAUUCUGCUCCUGUUGUUAGUGCUGCUUAUGCUGCUGCUCCAGUUGGUUAUGUUAAUGCUCUAGCACCAGUUGCUCCAUUGAAAUAUACAGCCGCUCCUGUUCUGCUUUAA